CAGCCAUUGUUGUGUAUUGGAGACACAAAAGUUAUUAGCAUAAUGGUCAUUGGCCAACUGAAGGCAUAAUCAUUCUUGCUUUUCUAUGAAGGCAUUAGCUUCGUCGACAGUUCAUAUGCUCCAAAGACACGAAUUCCAGGAAACAAUAAAUGAGGAUGUUGUCUUUUUUGAAAUAGUUGAACUCACAAACUCGUUCUAUGUGUGGAUGGGAACCGAAACAAGUCUUAUGAAGAGCCUCACAGCUGCGUUUCCUGUUCAAAGUGUUCCACUUCACGUAACCAGCACAAAACUUUUUGGACCCAAUGACGUUUCAGAACAACUAGCAGAACGACUAGCUUUGAAGUACCGAUGUCCCUUUUUCAUUAGUAUUGGAUUGGACGCUCAAGCAACAGAAGCUUUCCAUCUGAUAGAGAAAAAGUUAUUUGAACUUUUAGAUUCGAUUAGAGCCGAUAACAGGGUUGGAAAAGAGUAAAAUCGUUCUGUUAGUCUCUACACUUGGUUAUUUGAAGGGACUGUGUACGUAUGAAAGAAAGUAUUUCAAAUGGAG